GACUAGGGUUUUUGCAACGCGGGGGCUUUUAUCCGCGAGAAGCACCCGAACCGCCGCCGCCGCCCCUCCUCCUCUCUUCCCCCUUCCGCCCUCUCAGCCCUCGCCGACGACGAGGAGGAGAAGGCGGCGGCCGCACGCACGCCGCGCGAGAGGGGCAAGCAAAGCUCGGUGGUGGUGGUGGGGGGGGGGGGGGCGGACCGCGUCGCGCCCCCGGCGCCUCGGCGCCAUCCGCCCCGCCGCGGGGGGCCUCAGGCGGAGGAGGAGGAGGAGGAGGCGAAACCCUAGCGCGGGGGGAGACGAGUGCUGCUCAGGCCACUUUCAAUAGAUAAAGAAGUAAUAUCUUCAUCAGUCCUUUCUCAAUAUAGUUGAGAGCGAGUUUACAUGGCUAUGAUGCCAAGUGAUUCAUCACAUCAUGGAAUUGUAGAAAAUAGCCCAUACAGAACUACCCAGGGCAGGAAUGAGGAGACUGGUGAACUUGGUGCUUCAUGGUAUUUCAGUAGAAAGGAAAUAGAAGAGAAUUCUCCAUCCAGGAGGGAUGGCAUUGAUUUGAAGAAAGAGUCUUACCUCCGAAAAUCAUAUUGUACUUUUCUACAAGAUUUGGGCAUGAGGCUUAAAGUGCCACAAGUCACUAUUGCUACAGCUAUUGUGUUCUGUCACCGUUUUUACCUUCGUCAGUCCCAUGCAAAAAAUGAUAGACGAACAAUUGCCACAGUUUGCAUGUUCUUGGCUGGAAAAGUUGAAGAGACGCCUAGGCCUUUGAAAGAUGUUAUUCUGGUUUCUUAUGAGAUUAUUCAUAAAAAGGAUCCUGCUGCUGGUCAGAGAAUCAAGCAGAAGGAAGUAUAUGAUCAACAAAAAGAACUUAUUUUACUUGCGGAGCGAGUUGUACUUGCAACUCUUGGGUUUGAUUUGAAUGUGCAUCAUCCAUACAAGCCUUUGGUUGAAGCAAUAAGAAAAUUUAAAGUUGCUCAAAAUGCGCUUGCUCAGGUUGCAUGGAAUUUUGUCAAUGAUGGGCUGCGUACUUCGCUUUGCCUGCAGUUCAAGCCUCAUCAUAUUGCAGCAGGUGCUAUCUUUUUGGCUGCUAAAUUUCUCAAAGUGAAGCUUCCAUCUGAUGGUGAGAAGGUUUGGUGGCAGGAGUUUGAUGUGACUCCAAGACAGCUGGAAGAAGUUAGCAAUCAAAUGUUGGAGCUGUAUGAGCAAAACUGUGCAGCACAGGCACAACCGUCCCAUGGAAAUGAAGCUGAAGGGAGCUCUGCUAGUGUUCCUAAUCAGCGAGUCUCUGUAAAAUCCGAGGAAACACCUCUUCCUCACCAGUCGAAACAGUCAAGUUCACAGCAUUCAACAGGUGCUCCAAGUCAUCAUGGUGUCGAGCACUCAAAUCUAGAAAAGCAAACUGUGGACCAGAAAAUGCUUCAAAAUGACAAUGGUGACCAUGGGAGCAACAAAACAAGAAGCAAUCAGAGUGGAAGUAGAGUUGAUUUUGGUGCCAACGAUGGUUUACAUCAUGACAAACAGUCCAUGACAGAAAAUAAGAAUCUUCCAUCACAUGGCAACUCCAGUGAAAUCAGAGAUGUCAACCGCAAUGGCAAUGAUGGUACGAAUGUGACAUCCUUGAUGGUAAAUAAAAUUGACAAGGAUAAGGUGAAAGCACAAAUGGAAAAGCAAAGGAAACUGAAAGGUGAUGUUGCUAGGAAGGUAGAGGUAAUAGAUGAUGAUGAUGAUCUUGAGAGGCAACUAGAACAUGACAUUGAAUUGGCUGUUGAGGAUAAUAAGAUAAAGCAGGAGAGGAAGCAGAGUUCCCCUCAUGUUAUGCAUCGGGGGGAUCAUAGAAAUGCUGAUCAAGUUACAGGCAAUGGGCACCUUGGCAAGCAGAAUACACCAGAGACUGCUCAAGAUGCCCCAAUGGACGACAUUAAAGAACAGCGCAAUUCCCAUGGCUCAAAGCACCAUGACAGUCAUGAUACUGCUCAUGAGCGAGGUGAAAGAGACUAUAAAAGGCCUCGGCCUGAAGGUUAGUUUUGAUGACAUUGAGAGAUCAUUUGUGAUUUUGAGCGAUGUGCUGGAAAGUGAGCACUUGGCUUGGAACUUAACAUAUUAAGAUCAGCAUAUGUUACUCGAACAUAUGCAUUUUCUGCCUGAGAUCGCUGCCAUGUGACAUCAAAGUGGGCAUAUGCUGUGGAGUGACAGGCAUAAGGAUGCUCAUGUUUUUACCCAGCUGUAUACAACCUCGCAACUGACUGCAACGGGUGUUUUGCCCUCGAUUUGUACUGGGGGACAGUUUGGGAAGAAACUCAUGAUGAUAAAAUCUGUGUUUCAACAAGUAUUGGAGUAAAUACACUGGAGAAAGCCUCUAGUUCCAUUUGCGUUGAGUUCUUUCUUUCUUUUUUUGUUUUUAGGCGAAUUUUCAGCGACGUUCCGUAGAUUAGCUAGGGUUCAACUUUGUCCACUAGAUGAAUUGAAUAUGCUUUUGCAGGCUGUCUGCCCCUUAACUAGCUCGAGAAGUUGGCAUUGGUUCAUAACUUUGAAAUAUUUUAGCUUGUUCAGGUGGCGGUUUCUUCCCAACAUUGAACCUGGAUUCUCGAAUGGAAUGGCGUUCAAAUGUUCUAUCGAACUAUGUGCAUGGGGUGCAGUUAAUGAAAUGGGUUCUAUUUUCCUCGUUUUA